ACCCGACUCUCUUCUUACACCAUUCAUGGGUUGACCAUCUUCCUCCCUCUGCUUCCUGAUUGAAGCUGGGCGGAGCCAACAGCUGCUGAAGGUGAAAGCUGAUUGGCUGCAGCCUCUCUGCUCUGACUUGUGAUCUGCAGAUCAGAGCUCAACCCAGUUUCUGUUUUCAGGAAGUGAAACUCACAUAGUCUCUGUGACUGAGAGCAGAAAUGGAGCAGAAUCAGCUGGACAGAGAAACUUUCUCCUGUUCGAUCUGUUUGGAUCUGCUGAAGGACCCGGUGACGAUUCCCUGUGGACACAGCUACUGCAUGAUCUGUAUUACAGACCACUGGGAUGCAGAGGAUCAGAAGGGAAUCCACAGCUGCCCUCAGUGCAGGGAGACAUUCACACCCAGGCCUGCACUAAAGAGGAGCACCAUGCUAGCAGCUUUAGUGGAGCAGAUGAAGAAGACUGGACUCCCAGCUGCUCCUGCUGAUCACCGCUAUGCUGGACCUGAAGACGUGGCCUGUGAAAUCUGCACUGGGAGGAAAUUGAAAGCCAUCAAGUCCUGUCUGGUCUGUUUGGUUUCCUACUGUGAGAAUCACCUCCAGCCUCACCUUGAUGUCCCUGGACUGAAGAAACACACGCUGGUGGAGCCGUCCAGGAACCUGCAGGAGAACAUCUGCUCUCAGCAUGAUGAGGUGAUGAAGAUGUUCUGCCGCACUGAUCAGACAUGCAUCUGUUAUCUCUGCUCUGUGGAGGAACAUAAAGGUCAUGACACAGUGUCAGCUGCAGCAGAAAGGACUGAGAGGCAGAGAGAGCUGGAGGAGAGACGAGGAAACAUCCAGCAGAGAAUCCAGGACAGAGAGAAAGAUGUGAAGCUGCUUCAACAGGAGGUGGAGGCCAUCAAUCACUCUGCUGAUAAAACAGUGGAGGACAGUGAGAAGAUCUUCACUGAGCUGAUCCGUCUCCUCCAGAAAAGAAGCUCUGAUGUGAAGCAGCAGAUCAGAUCCCAGCAGGAAACUGAAGUGAGUCGAGUCAAAGAUGUUCAGGAGAAGCUGGAGCAGGAGAUCACUGAGCUGAAGAGGAAAGACGCUGAGCUGGAGCAGCUCUCACACACAGAGGAUCACAACCAGUUUCUCCUCAACUACCCCUCACUGCCACCCAGGGAGCCUAAAGGCUCAUCCAGCAUAAAGAUCCGUCCUCUGAGACCCUUUGAGGACGUGACAGCAGCUGUGUCAGAGCUCAGAGACUUGAUGCUGGACGUCCUGAGAGACUCAUGGGCAAACAUCUCACUGAUGGUCAGUGAGGUGGAUGUUCUACUGUCAGAACCAAAACUAGAACCAAGGAGCAGAGCUGGAUUCUUAAAAUAUUCAUGUGAAAUCACCCUUAAUCCAAAUACGGCAAACACAAAGCUGGUGCUAUCAGAGGGGAACAGGAAGGUGAGAUGGAUGAACCAUCUUCAGUCUUAUCCUAAUCAUCCAGACAGAUUCACUAACUGGCCUCAGGUUCUGAGUAGAGAGAGUCUGACUGGACGUUGUUACUGGGAGGUGGAGUGGAGCGGGAGAGUUCGCUUAGCAGCUCCAUACAACAACAUCAGCAGAGCAGGAGGUGGAAAUGAAUGUGGAUUUGGAGGUAAUGACAAAUCUUGGGCAUUAAUUUGUUCACAAACUAGAUUACAAUUUGGUCACAACAACAUCUGGACCUCCAUCUCAGCUCCGGUUCCCUCCAGACUCGGAGUGUACCUGGACCACGGAGCAGGUCUUCUGUCCUUCUACAGCGUCUCUGAAUCCAUGACUCUGAUCCACAGAGUCCAGACCAGAUUCAGUCAGCCGCUGAUGACUGGAGUUGCGGUUGGUUCUGAAUCAUCUGCAGAGUUCAGUAAACCCAACUAGGUUUUCUCUCUGAUUGUUGGCCAGGGUUCAUGGUUCUGAAGUCUCUGCUCUGUUGUUCCUUGUCUUUAUUUUUCUGGUUUAAGAGUCGUUCUCUGUGCAUAAAUUUUAUCACUGCUGAUGUUUUCUUUCAUUAUUAAAUGUCAGAAAUAUUUCUUCAUGAGAAUCUAAACUUGUACUGAUGUGUUAAAUGUUCUGGUUUUUCUGACUUGCAGAAUGAAUGUUGAUCUUAAAUCAGUUGAGACUGAACUGAACUUCCUUCUGUUUUCUUUACUGAAUCUAACAUCAACCUACAACUGAUUGUUUUCUAUGAUUUAGAUCAGAAAAAUAAAUGUCUACAGUUCUGUUUCUUUUAG